UUCCGACACUGCUGGAGGAAAAUAAAAAUAUGUAAGUUACAUAGAGGUUAAUUUCGGCAUAAGACCUAAUCGGUCAAGUGCGUUCUUGUACGAGAAAUCGUUUAAAAAAAAAAAAAAAAAAAAAAAAAAGAAUAUUGAUACCUCUCGACAUAACGAAAUAGUGCAGAAUAAUUAUAUGCUAAUCAAAUUAGCUAAACUCUGGCUUUAAAAUGCCGAAACGUCCUUGUCCUUACGAAGCAAACUUGCUGCCGCAGAUGAAGGUGCACGUGGGACAGAGACAGAUGAACAACGGCGUGUCGAGAGACGAACGGAUGAAGAAUAUUUACGAUAAAACUCUGACUCUGCUCAAGACAGGUGCGAAAGCACUCUCCUAUAAAUUGAAUGCAUCUGUGCAAAUGGAUCCUGUAGAGCUAUCUCCACUGCGACAAUUGUCUCCUUGGAAAUUAAAAUCUACAUCCAAUCUAAAACAGAUGGUACUGACUGAUAAAUUGCAACUGAAAGUUAGUGAUAAAGUUAUCAAGGAUAGUCAGAUGGAUCUUUGCGGUUGUUGCCGGUUGAUAGAUCAAUUUACAAUAAGCAAAUGUUAUUACUGUGAUCAGAUACUAUGUUCUUCCUGUCUGUCUACAUGCGCCAGCUGUUCAGAAAUGUUCUACUCAAUAAAGAAUGAAGCUGUAACAGAAGAAUUUGAGACAAUCCAAUAUAUUCCAAAGAUUGAGCCUGACAGUGCCAAUGAUGUGUAUUUGCCAAAUACAUCAAAUUCCAUGGACCCGGAGAAAGAUCCUCUUCAAGGUUGUGAAGAUAAAGGAGUACAUUAUGAAGAGAGAUAUGUUUCUGUCGAAAAUAAGGCAUAUAAACAAGAUGAAAUUACAGCGGACAAACAAAUAAUCAGUAAUAAAACUAGAAAAAGUAAUCGUUUGUCAGUAAGUAAUGUCAGUAAGAAAGAAAAUUUGAAGAAGACUAUCUCGAAUAAAGUAAUCAAAAAGAGGACAACAAGGAAAUCAAGUAAGACUGCACAGAGCACGAUAUCAAAUGAUAUAUUGUACAAAAAGUUUGCAUCUGAAAAGGAUGAAAAUUUAAUGCCACUUAAAUACACUAAUCCUAAUAAUACUACCGCAUCUCAAUAUAUUCCACAUGGAAUAGCAAAACAGGAGGAAUCACUUAAUUACAGUUUAAAUAGAAACAUGUUGCAAUAUCUAGAUUACAAUGAUUUGAGACGUGAAAAUUUGAAACAACAAAUCUUAAAUUCUCAUUCUUGGUUGUUCACACCAAAAAAUAAUCAGAAUUUCGCAUUAAAUAAUAUUAGCAAUAUACAAAAUCAAGUAGGACAAACUAAUUAUAUUAAUGAUCAAUUCUAUCAUAAUUCAUACGCUACUGCUGAUUAUAAUUCGAAACAAGGUGAAAAUCCAUAUUUUCAGUCUUUGAUUAAAUCUGAUUCUCAUAAGUUAUUUGGUACAGAAAACAAAGUUUUUCGUUGCUCCUGCAAUUACUGUAUAAAUAGUGUGUGGAACAAUACUGGCAUCGAAGCUUUUCCAAAAGCAAACAAUACAUUCCAGCAAAUAGCCGGUAAUAAUAUUUCGAGUAAUAUUCCAUUAGCUGCUACUUCUAAUAAUUUCUGGAAUACAGGAUCAUUCAAUUACUCUUCUUACCCAUCAUUACAAGCAGGUUACAACUUUAAAAGAUUAUUUUAUAGUGGUUUCAAUACAAUGAACAAUGUGAACGAUAGCGGAUUCAAUGUCAUGGCAAAUAAAAAUGUAAUGUCUCCGUUAAAUAACUGGAAUACUUCUGUAAAUCACUUAUCAAUUCCAUAUAAUAGCAAUUUAAACAUUGCUAUGGACACAUCUAUUACUUCUGAACCACAUCCUGAACUGUCGUCUUCUCUUUAUACAGGCAAUAUUAGCGCACAACUUAGUAAUUAUUAUAACAAAGAUCUGAUGAAAGUAGAUAUGUCUCACAAGGAGAAAGAUAAUUUCAACUCAUCCACAUUAGCUAUUUUUGAAAAUUCAUUAUCUGCUACUAAUACACAUGGAUUAGAUUCUGACUCAACAAAUACUUUGUCGCAAAACACUAACUCAUCCAAUGAAAUAAUGUAUGACAUGACAAAUUUUGUUCCUGAAACAAAUACAGUCAAUAGAUUUGAAGAAUCUCCAUCUUAUACAUAUAUUAAAGAGAUGGAUAAAAAUUGGCAGUAGUACUUUUACAACAUAUCUAAUAUUUAAAAAACUUUUUUAUUUUAUAUUAUAGAUUAGAUUAGCAAUAUUUUUACACAAAAAUGUAAUAUGAUUUGUAAUAUUGCUAAUAAGUUUUUUUUAACUAUGUCCUUUAGAAAGUUCAGAAAGUUUUAUAAGUUUAUUUUUGUUAAAAGAAAUAUUUUGA